AUGCGGAACCAGUCACGUCUCGACCGUGUUCCCAGUUUUGCAAAAUCAAUCGUUUUUGGAUGCUUUUUGCUGUUACUGACGAGUCGUGUAUCAGCCCAGACCGAAAACGAAACAUUCGAAAGUGCGUUCGGAUUGGAUAACUUAGUACCUGUGGACGACAAUGAGCAGCAUCACACGGAAAUUCAUGAGGAUGUGUCGGCGAAUAACACACCGGAAUCCAUCAACGAAGUAGAGGACUUAAUCGACGGUGAAAAUAAUCACGAAGGGGAAACGAUCGAAGAUGAGAAAAGGGAUGAGGUUCCAACGGAUAUCGACAACGUCGGUGCGGAACCGAAGGAGGAGAUCGUGUAUUCCGAAGGUAUUUCGACGAAAAUAGUUGGAGAAAAAAGCGGAAAGUAUGUAAGAUACGAUUCGGAUUCACCGGAAGCAGACAGGUACGCCCCACGCUCGGAUGAUUCAGUUUCGAACUAUGUCAUAACAGAAUCCCGAUUGAGGGAUAUUCGAUCGAAGUUUAUGUAUUGGUACUUCGAUAAAGGUGGCGACAACAAUCUGGGCGAUUACCAAAAAGACAUCCAAUCGUCGACACCGCAGAUACAUAAGAACUUCAACUUUCAACUGCCCUUCUUCGGAUUUAGAUUCAAUUACACCAGAAUAUCUAUGAAUGGUUUCUUAGAAUUCAGCGAUCCACCAGUACACUACACUUACCCCCUUGUCUUCCCUGUGAAAGACUGGCCGAAAAAAAACGAUCCCAGUUUCAUAGGUAUAUUCUUCAGUAAAUGCCGCAUAGGAGAAAUUAGACGAGAUGAUAUAGAUCAAAGACAGCCAGGUGUCUACUUUAGGCUUGAAAGAGAUUUACAAACCAGGAAUGAUCAGUUCGGCGUCGAAAUGCGCGAACGUCUCAAAUGGGACAUCCGCGAAGGUAUCAUCGGCGCUGACUCCUUCGAACCGAAACACGCCGCUAUAAUCACGUGGAAAAAUAUGUCUUUUGCUGGUGGUAUCGAUAAUUCCCUUUACAAAACGAACACCUUUCAAAUGGUUCUGGCCACCGACGAAGUGUCAACUUAUGCGAUGUUCAACUAUUUGAACAUUCAGUGGACUAGUCACACGGAAGCUGGUGGCGAUACUACUGGCGGAGAAGGUGGUACUCCGGCGUUUGUCGGCUUCAACGCUGGCAACGGUACCCAAAGCUACGAAUACAAGCCGUACUCCCAAAUGUCGACGCUUCGCGAUUUAACGGGCCGUGGUUGGGCAAACGGUUUCCCAGGACGUCACAUCUUCAGGAUCGACGAGAAGAUUAUGCUUGGAACGUGCAACAAGGAUAUCGCUGGAGCGAACUUGCCGCUGAUGUUUGCGCCCGAAAGCGGAAACAUGUUAGGUGGCACCAUCGUUAACAUCACCGGUCCGUGUUUCAACGAAGUCGAGAAGAUUCGAUGUAUGUUCGAAACUGAGAUGGUGAUGGGUACGGUGAUCGAUAAAAAUCGUGCUGUGUGCAUUCAGCCGUUCGUAAAAGCACAGGGAUAUAUCCGAUUCGCCAUUAGUAUUGGGGACAGUAAAGUCUACAAUUGGAAGGGAAAAUACUUCAUUGAAACCCCAGCUACGGCGACUGAGAAAAUCUUCGUUGACGACGCGGUUCACCAACGCGAACCUGCUGAAAUUAAAAUCACGUGGGAUCGGUAUAACUUGACUAGUAACUUGAAUGCUGGAUUACAAAUCGCUUUGUGGGGAUACCGCGAAAAGAAGACCACGCCGGAGUUCGAGUACAUCGCUACCUUAGAGAAAUCGUACACGAAUCUCGGCUACUACAUUAUCAGACCAGCUAAAUACCGUGACGAGAACAAUCUGUAUCAACAGGACAUAAUGUUCGGUUUCAUUCAGCUGAAUUUAACCGAACCUCAACAAUAUUCUGGCCUUAACAUCACACCGACUCUAUGGAGCAGACCAGUCCCAUUGGCUUGGUACUUUGGUCCGCAAUGGGAGCGGAUGUACGGAUCAAAAUGGCCGCAUCGAUUAUGCGAUAGGUGGAUUAUGAACGAUAGAUACUUAAAAAAUUUCGCGGCUGAGAUAUCCCUGUGCCCGUGCUCGUUGAAGCACGCUCUAACUGAUAAGGGACGAUUCCUUCCGGAUUAUGACUGCGACAAAGACUCGAAUUUGGAUUGUACUUACAAUCAACAUGCCCAUCACUGUGUGAGAACUGGUGCACCAAACAUGGACGGGUCUGAACAACAGUGUUGUUACGAUAAAUACGGCUUCCUGAUGUUGACCUACGAUCAGCAAUGGGGCUCGAGACCACAUCGAUCCCACAAUUUGGGAUACUACCCUUGGGACGAGGCGAACAAGGUUCCAACACUUUCUCACUGGUACCACGACGUGCUACCUUUCUACAUGUGCUGCAUGUGGCAAGAGGAGCAUGCGGUCGGUUGCGAAACCUUCAGAUUCGAGAGACGUCCGACGCAAGACUGCGUGGCUUAUCAGUCCCCAGCCGUGGCGACGGUGUUUGGAGAUCCCCACAUUGUGACAUUCGAUAAUCUACAGUACACCUUUAACGGAAAAGGGGAGUUCGUUCUGGUGCGGGUAAACCACGCGAGGGACAAGCUCGAUGUACAGGCAAGGUUCGAACAAUUGCCAGACAACAUGUACGGCGAAGUUAGAGCCACGCAGCUGACCUCUAUAGCGGCAAGAGGCAAUAACUCCGUUCCCAUAGAAGUCCGGUUGAGACCCAAACACUCUCAGUGGAGGUACCGUUUAGAUGUUUUCGCGGAUAACCGACGGGUAUACUUCGACAGACCGUCCUUGAAGUUCCAACAUUUUCCCGGAGUGAUCGUCUACACACCGACGUACAUUCUGAACCAGAGCGAAGUGAUCAUCAUGUUCGACACCGGUGCAGGCGUGGAGGUGAUCGAAAACGAGGGAUUCAUGUCGGCCAGGGUGUAUCUACCUUGGACCUAUUUGAACAAGACCGCAGGACUUUUCGGAAAAUGGAACAACGAUUUCACGGAUGAUUUAAUGGGUCCAGAUGGUCAAAUAGUGUCCGCGAGCAAUUUGAACCAUUUCGAGAAUCUCCACAAAGAGUUCGGGAUAAAAUGGAUGCUAGAGGACAAGGAGGACGACUUAAAAGGCGGCGCUCUGUUUACUAGAGAAUUCGGCAGAACCGCAAGUUACUACGCGAACAGGACUUUCGAGCCUGAAUGGCGUAAAGCACCUGAAGAGAUACUACCCUCUAACAGAUCAUACGAUAUCCAACGAGCCCACGAUUUUUGUGGAGACACCUAUCAAUGUAAAUAUGACUACACGAUGUCGCUCAAUAGGGACUUGGCUCAUUUCACGAAGAAUUAUUACGAUUCCUACACGCAGAUCAGAUACACAAACGAAGACGAUCCAGUGGUUUCGUGCGGUGUACUGGAGACACCGCGGUUCGGUCGUAAGAGUAAUUUCUUCUUUACGCCGGGCACGAAGGUGACGUUCGAGUGUAACCAGGAUUUCAUACUGGUGGGCGACCAAAGACGGGUCUGCACGCCCGAUGGCCGCUGGAAUGUACCAGAAUACGGAUACACGGAAUGUCUACGUCAGGUCGAGUAUGCCCAGCGUACAGCAUGGACGACAAUGGGUAUUAUUUGCGCCGUGUUAAUUCCCAUAACCGGAUGUGUCGCGGGGGCCUUUCUCUAUGUAAGAAAGAGUCAAGCGCAGGGCGGUUCUGUAAAAUCGUGGCGAUAUUCCGAGCGCGGCUCCGCCGUCGACAAUGAUCCGAUAUUGUCGAGGCAGAGCACACCAUUGAAACCGUAUAUAAGAGCGGUCUCACCGGUCAGCGAUACUAGCACGACGCCGAGCACUAGCAAAAAGCGUCGUAGCUAUGAUAAAGUGUACCGUACCCAAGAGCCCCUGGCGAAUAAACCGGAUAUCGAUUUCGAGGAUAAAGAUUGGGACAUUAAAGAACCGUAUUCCCCGACCGACUCGGAAAAGAGCACAGAGUCGAUUCGAAAAGCUGGAAGUCCAACCAAAGAGAGCGACGUAUAG